UUCGGAUCAAGUCUCUCAGCGAUUCGGCAAACUUGAGCACCGGACUCUAUGAAACACGACUCCAGGAGCUAAAAAUCAAGUGCAUGGACUCGGAACAGAGGCUUGAGGCAGAAAAGGCUCAUUGUGUUCAGCUCGUCCAGGUUAACGAUAUACUCUGCAAGGCAAUGGGAGGCGACGGUGAAGGGUUUGGCUCAGCGCUGAAGAGCCUUCAAGACAGCGGGCUCCUCUCUCCCAACAUCAUCCGAACGUUGAACGAUAAGAUCGUCGGUCUCGAGGAGAGGAAUGAGAAGCUGCUCCGGGACUGCCGAAACGCCGACCGUGAGCGUCACGAAGCCAUCAAGGCAAAAGAGAAGGUGGAGGACGCACGCAUGGUUGAACACAGCAGGGCAGCAAAAGAGGUGGUUCGACUUCAAGAAGCGUUGGAUGUAAGCAGGGACGAAACGACGCUAGCUCGCAAGCAACUUAAGGAUGGAGAGAUCAGAACGCGCGAGGCACAGGCAGGUGCCAAUGCCGCUCUGGCAGCAAUGCAGGUGUCGCUCGACCAGGCAUUGCAGGCGAGGAAUGUCGCGCAGCAGGAGAUUGCGCGCCAUGAGUCCACAUCAACCGCCGCGCAUGAAGCCCAGGCUGUCGCUGAAGCUUUAGCGGCCGAGCGUCUGACCCAAGUCAGCCGGCUCACGAACGACUUGGACCGCACCUACAAAGAACUGGACAGGCUCAAGAGCGCGCGUGGCAGAUUGAGCGCUACGGCCAACAAGUUCAAAGUCACGACUGCGAGGGACAGCCUCCUGGGUGAGAAGCUCGCGCACUCGGAGCGGCAGAGCUUGGAAUUCCAGAAGCGGAUCGAGAAGCUAGAACGCGAGCUGGAGGAUCAAGCAAUCGCUCACGCGUUUGAGUUGGCCGAACGCGAGGACGCAAUGGAGAUUGCUCACUCGUCGGCCCUCGCCGAAUUUGUGGCCCGACUGGACUCCAACAAGCUUAUCGAGGGCGACAAGGGUAGGUCGAGUCAUGGAGGCAGCUGAUGCUCUUAGACAUCGUGGAGCAGAUCAGGCGUAAGAUGCAAUGUGUCUGCGACAAUGAGAACGGCCGAAAGGUUCAGCGGCCUGGCAAGAGGAAAGAUAGCGUGCGCCCGCACCACCGUAUAGCUCACCGCAGCGCAAGGACGAGACGCCUGCCUGCCGAACAUUAGCGGAAAACAACACAACGAUUGCGAAGGAGACGAAUCCGCCCGCUGCUCUUCGGCGCAAGCGCAAGCGUGUGACAAGUCCCACUGUAUCCGGAUACAGUGAUGACA